AUGGAGAACUCAGAACCGUCUCUCAGAGUUCUCUACAAUCAGGCCAAGGCUCGUCUAGAUGAAUUAGACAGCCUGGAUCCCCGGAGCGAAACAUUCAAAGAGUGCUUACAGUCCAUCAUCGACGCCCUUCAACAAUGUCGCAACCUUAUACGAAAACUGUCCCUCUUCAGCACGAAUGAGGAGGUGGAGGACAUCUCCACGCAAGACCUUCAAUAUCUUACUGUGGAUUACCUUCUAGCGGAUGUUAUCCUGAAGUCAUAUGGGCAAGAUCGCAUUUCAUCAUUACGAGAAGCAUCUGCGCUGCUUGAGGAUUUCCUGACCCGGCUGGAUCACUACGGGCUCCUGAGUCCGUCUGAUCGGAAGCUCUACGAACGAUUUCUUGAACAGCGUGGCGGUUUCAAGAUAGUCUCUUCAGAUAACCCGGAGGAGAAGCGGAAAAUCAAGAUAUCCCGUUUCCAGGAAGAGAAGUCGUUGAAACAAAAGCUCGAGUAUUUAAGGAAUGAAUCGGGAAAGUCAAACGUUGAUGACGAGACGAUUCGGAACUUGUACUUGGCUGAAAUCGCACUGUGCGUCAACAAGGCGUUUUCUUCCUUGGAGAUGAUCAGCCAAGAACUCGAGAUCUUGUCCCAAAUGCGGCAGGCUGAGCCAACCAGGUCGGAAGUACCUGACGACCGAAGAGAGCCCUCGAGAUCGGAUGGCUAUUCGGAGAGGCUUGACGGACCGGUGACCAUGUCCGGACUUGGCAGACGAGGGGGCCCGCUGCUCGAUCCAAAAGGCAAACCACUUCAGCCAUUCACCUUGACAGACAAGCGAACUCAGCUGCAGCAGGGCGUAUUCAGGCCCGGGCAUAACCUUCCCACUAUGAGCAUAGAUGAAUAUCUUGAAGAAGAACGGCGAAGAGGAGGGAUCAUCGAAGGUGGAGGGAAUGCCAACGCACCCCAGCCAGAACCAGAUGAAGAUAAUAUGGAGCAAGCCGACGCUGCCACUAUGAAGGCGCGUGAGUGGGAUGAAUUUGUCGAGGCGAACCCCAAAGGUGCCGGUAACACCCUCAAUCGAGGCUGA